CGACACAUGCAGUAGUAAAGAGCCACAACAUGAAGUCCUUAACAUUAAUAGCGCUUACCCUAGCGUUAGGCGUUUGCCAAGCGGCCAUAAUCGAGACCGAAACCUUAGCUGGCAAUGAUCGCUCGGUAAGCAGCAUUAUUACGGAUAAGCUGGAGGCCAUGAAAGUGCAAAUGGCGGACGGUUUUCCAAGGUUCGGCAUUCCACCAAUGGCACCGCUUAAGGUAUCACAUCGCGAUUUGAACUAUGAAACUGGUGAGAUGCGUAUCAUGGGUCAAGUGGAUGAUGUGGUAAUCAAUGGCCUAAACGAAUUCGAAAUUCGCGUAAUGGAUUACAGCGCCAUUCUGAGUCGCAUCAAGUAUGAAUUUAAUUUCGCCAGUUUAAAUCUCACCACCCAGUAUGAGGCUGAUGUGGGUGCUGGUUAUCAUAUGGAACGUAAGGGUGGCGCUUUUAUGGCUUUGGAGGAUCUGAACAUUGCUGGCUUUAUCAAGUACUCUACUGGAUUGCUACCCAGCAGCAGUUUCCGCGUCAAGCAGAUCGAUGUUAGAGUGAAAGUAGGCAAAGUUGUCUCCAAAAUUGAGAAUCUUUCCAAGUAUCGCAUUUUCAAUCGCAAACUCAACGAAGUCAUUGAAGAAUUCAUCAGCCUAACCAUCAAUGACAAUACCGAGCUUUUGGCUAGCUGGAUUGAUUCAGCAGUCACACCCAUGUGCAAUGAUCUCAUCGGCGACCGUUCGCUCAAGGAUCUGAUUGCUUUAAUUACCGGUGGUGGUAGUAACUAAAAACUUUGCUUUUGUGACUAAUAAAACAAGUAAUUCGUUUUAAAAAUA